AUGGGUAUUGAGUGGGAUGUGUUCAAUCUUUCUACAGAAGUACUUGAAACUAUUUUUUGUACGUGCAAAAAUCUAAAACAUCUUGAUAUUCCAUAUGGUCCGUAUGAUGUAGCUAAAAUUCCUCUUAAAAAAUGGAUAAACUUUCAAAAUUUACAACAUCUUGGUUUUGCUUGUAUCAUGAUGCCUGAUUUAGCAAAUACAAUUGUUGAAUGUUUGUCAUCUAUUAAUGGUGAGCCACUUUUUUCUCCAUCUGUUCUUGAUGAGAUAUCAAAAUUACAAUGCCUUGAACAUCUCAACUUGUCUUUUCUAGAAAAUCUUAGAGAUAGUACAAUUAUUGCUAUUGCCAAUAAUUGUAAAAACCUAAAAAGUUUAGAUAUUGAAGGUUGCAACACUAUUACUAAAACAGCUCUCGAUGCUUUAACAAACUUGAAAAAUUUACAAAAACUUAAUGUAGGUUGUCUUGAUAUAAUUACAGACAGCUUCCUUAUGAAAUUGAAAGGAUUGAAAGAAUUGAAUUGUAAUGAAUGCAAGAAACUUACUGAUGCUGGUAUUAUUCAAUUUAUAAAAAAUAAUUCAGAUCUUGAAAAGAUUAGUGUCUCGGGUAUAGAUAAUAUUACAAAUGAUAUGGUUAUAGGUGCUGAUCAGGCAACUAAAAAUCGUACAAAUGGUAUCAUUUUAUACAUAACAGAGUGUAGUUUGUUAAUAACAGAAGCUUCUAAGUCAAUUAUCACAUCUCAAUGGUUGGUUGUUGAAUCGAUUAAAUUAUAG